UUACAACGCUGCAUCAGUCAAGUUGGGGAAAACAUAACACCCGGCAACGUCUCUUUCAUCGAUUAUUUUCCAUCCAACUUAACCACGCUUUCCACAUUAUAAGGGUGAAAUUUCCCUCUGCAGUGCGGGAAAACAGCUAUAGUGAAAAUUCGAAGCGUGGCAAUGAUUUGAAUACGAAUUAUAACAAUAUACAACAAUAAAUAAUGAUGCAGUGAAUUGUCUGAAUCAAUUAAUGGUUUUGAAAUGUGAGAUAUGGGAGGCUUGCUAGUAUCCAUGGGGUGAAAAAGUGGACCUUCAUGACCAAUGGGCCACAGGAGACGUAAAAGAAAAUGGCCUGGUCCUUGGAAAGCUGUGAAAAGAUGUGUUCUGUUUUUUACUACAAUCUGCGUGAUUCCAUUACUAUUGGUGCUUCUGGUUACAACGGACCAGUACUUGAGGCCUUUGAAGCACUCGUUCACAAGACAAGAAAAUGGAAUUGUAGACAAGGUUUUCUAUAUGAGACCGAGAAAAGAUAGGAUUAAUCAAACGGCAGUUCUAGCAAGAUUGAAAAGCCGACAAAAACAUUUGUACGAAACGUGCAGGGCGCUAGGCUUGGACAAAAUUGGUAAUGAUAGUUUACAUAGACCGAACGCAUGGGAAUUUCUUGUGAAUGACGAACACCAUUUGGUAUGGUGUAAUGUUUUUAAAGCUGCCAGUACGUCUUGGAUGUAUAAUUUCAAUCUUCUGGCUGGAUACAGUGCGAAGUUCUUGAAAAAAACGAAGGCUGUACCGUUAAGUUUGGCGCGAAAGAAAUAUCCAAGGCCCUCUCCGCAAGCCCUCAUGGAUGCGAUGGAAAACUCCCUCUCAUUUCUGAUCGUCAGACACCCUUUGGAAAGGUUACUAUCGGCCUACAGGGAUAAACUGCAAUACUCCCUGCCACACACUUACCAUCGACAACUGGGCAACAAAAUCAUCAUAAAGUACAGGAAGAAAGAGCAGUCGAAAACUACGCCAAAUUACAGAUGGCCGACUUUUCCAGAAUUCGUUGAUUUUCUUUUGGAUUGCGUGAAGAAAAACAGGCCGCUGGACAUGCAUUGGACGCCGAUAACGGAAUUUUGCACGCCCUGUCUGUUCAAGUUCGACGUGAUAGCGCACACGGAAACGCUGCAAGAGGACCAGCAGUACAUUAUUGAAAAGGCCCACCUGGACAAUCUCAUAGAGCCACAGUGGAAAAAUGCAGGUCACGGCCCCACGUCGAGGCAGGUCAAAAAAUAUUACACCAAGCUAACCAAAACGCAAAUUUUGAAGUUGUAUCACUUGUACAGGUACGAUUUCCAGUUGUUCAAUUAUUCAUUAAAAGGUUACUUGGAAUUAGGUCUUCCAGAUGAUGAAUUCAAAGCAAGUGAAAAUAAAGGGAUUGAAAUAUCCUCAAACGAUAUUUGAGUGGAAUCGUCCAAUGAGGAAAACUGAGGAAAUUGAAUAAAAAAUUGAA